AUGUACACUCGCGGCGACAUAAUGAGGGCGACAGCGGCGUGGGAGGAUAACAGCCCGCCAGCCCUCCGGCUCUGGCCCUUUGACGCGCCGCGGUGGGGCGUGCGAUCCAAGAAGAACCUACGCGGACUUCCAGGAAAGUUCGAACCGUCGUCAAAGGAAAAGGGGAUAAAGUCAAGUCGCCCGGGGCGUCGUGACGGGAGCGGCUACCAGGCGCGCAUACUCCUGCGGAGUCGGCACGCGCCAUUAGCCGCGAGCCGGGCGCACGGAACGGGCCCUAUUUCCGCGAGGAAGCGGGCCCGGAAGCCGCGCCGCGUCCGCCUCGCCCCGACUAACUUACUCCCGAGUCGCGCUUCCACCGACUUAUGUAACCCUGGUACUUGUUCUAUA